AUGAAAUUCUACGACGCCGCAGCACCAAACCCAUUUGUGGUCAGACUAUUCGUCCUUGAACGCGGUGGCCUUCAAUUCGAUGUCCAGCAAGUCGACAUCAUGUCUCUAGAAAAUCGCAGGCUCGCCUAUCGUCGAGACGUCAACCCCCGCGGUGAACUACCCGCAUUGCGCAUCUCUGAGAACUUUGUCCUGACAGAGAUCACGGCCAUCUGCGAAUACUUGGACGAGAUUCCCAAGGGCGGCAAGAGUCUCUUUGGAGAGACGCCGGAGGAGCGGGCAGAAACUCGAAUGUGGUUGCGACGCAUGGACCUCGAAAUCGCCCAACCUGUGAUCUCGUGGUAUCGCAACGACCCAGCUACCAUUGAUUUUUACAAGGGAAACCGCCUUCCUACCCCAUCGGCGCAAGUCAAUGAAAAGGUCGUAAUCAAUCAGUUCCUAAACCUUCUCGAUGACGAAUUAGAGGGCAAGACAUGGCUGUGUGGAGAUCGAUUCACUGCGGCAGACAUUCACUUUUACGGAUUGCUGAAGAUGAUGGUCAUGGGUCCAGCUUCUUGGGUCCUUUCACCUGGGCGCAAGAACGUGGAGGCUUAUUUUGCAAGAAUGGAUGGUCGUAAGGCUAGCACAGAGGCAUUGGCGACAUUUGGUACGACAGUCUCUGUAUGA